AGCCCCAAGUAAUUAUUAAUUAAUCCAUACUUAAAAAAAGAAGAAAUUUAGAAGUGAGGCGUAAGUAAAUUGGGAGGAAACCCACUCCAUCCAAUCCUCCAAUAAGCAGCUGCUGACCGUCCCCUAAGUCUUCCGGUCAGAUGUACGGCCAACUCAUUCCUUAUCCCAUCUGCCCGAUGUUUCUCCCUUUCAGCUCCGGCGCACCUUAGCACCCUCUAUGGAGAGCGAAUCCCCUACACCUACCCCUAGGCUUCACGCAGGUGGACGUGAAGACUGUUGGAGUGAAGGUGCUACUGAAACCCUAAUCGAAGCAUGGGGCCACCGCUAUCUCACUCUUAACCGCGGUAAUCUCCGUCAACACGACUGGAAAGAAGUCGCUAACUCCGUUAACUCACGUCAAAACGGCGUUAAGCCUCAACGCACUCAUCUACAGUGUAAGAACCGUAUCGAUACUUUAAAGAAGAAAUACAAACUUGAGAAAACCAAGUCAAUUCCGUCAAAAUGGCCGUUUUAUAACCGCCUUGAUUAUCUCAUUACUAGACCACCGGCUGCCACAUCAUCAGUUACGGUUAAGUCAUAUUCGAGUGGUUCAAAUGACAAUAGGAUGGAGUAUGUAGGGUUAUAUGAGGAGAGUAAUAUGGCCUAUAAGGAAUUAUCGCGUGCAAUAUUGAGGUUUGGAGAGAUAUAUGAAAGGAUUGAAAGCUUAAAGCAGCAAAAAAUGAUGGAAUUGGAGAAGGAGAGGAUGGAAUUCACUAAGGAACUUGAGGUUCAAAGGAUGAAUAUGUUUAUGGAAACUCAGUUGAAGAUCGAGAGGUCUAAACAACGUCCUGCCAAGCAUCCUUGUUCGACAGGAGAUAAGUCCACAAUUGGUGAAAGAUUUGAUGCAUGGCUUGGAUCAUUCGACCCUUAUGUGGGAUGCCGACAACAAUGAUAGGUCGGGAUGUAAUGUUGUAGAGUUGUAGGAGUGUUAUUAAUCAGAUCUCCACGUGUUGGUGCAGGUAACACUAUAGAGAUCUCACACACUUUUGGAAUGGGGUCUUUUCUCUCUCUUGGGAGGCAUGCAACUUUCAUUAACCUCUUUCUCCAACUGAUUGUGCGGGAGAUUGUUUGACAAUUCUCAUAUCCCUAAACUUCUUCUUUCUCUUUUCUGAAUCUCUCCUCUCUCUUUUCCUAAACCCUCUGUUAUCUCAUCUCAACCUCUUUUGAAAUCUUCGCCUUCUCUCUUAACUCCCCUAGAGCUGUUUACUCGUGCUCUUAUCUGCUACCCAGCUUCUUUUUGUCUACUUGUUUAGUUGAGUAGCAAUCACUGAAUAACUGAACUUUAGCAUACGAUGACGAGAUAGGUGAUUAUUGCAAGGUUGGCAAGAUAAUAUAGGUAGGAAUUUACCACUUAUUUCAUGAAAAAAAGAAAGAUAAAAUAGGUAGGAAAUUAGGAAUAUGGUGUUUUUGGCUGGCAAAAAAAGUUUCAAGUUGUUGGAGCUAAGUGAUAAUGUGUUUGCAACUGUUGAGAGGAGGAAAAGUUUUAUCAACUGAAUUACUAUUGAUAACUUCAGCAUUCUUGACCUCUUUCAAUAUAUGAAAUGGGCUUCUGAGGGGAAACACAAGAUAUGUAGGAGAUGGAGAAACACCUAUCAACCUAAUCAAAAAAAUAAAAAAAUAACGUUAUCAAAAAUGGGGAAACACCAAUCAAUUAUAUUCCUACCAUGUCAUCCAAAACUUUAAUUCUUUUGGAAAAUAUAUUAGAGUCCUUGAUGUCCUUGAAGGUAAUGCUGGAUGGGAAUAUUCAGGGAAUAAAAUAAGGAAUUUUCUUGAUAAAGGGGUGAAUCAGCUUGAAGAUUCGCAAACAGGUAACAAGAAAGGAACCUAUGCCCAAGUAGCUCAAAUCAAGGUAUGGCCCACACAAUAUCAAGAUCGUGGAAAAUGAAUCUUGAGUGCAAUCAGUUCAAGAUCGACAUAUGCUUUAUUAAAGGCAAAAUGGAAUGUCUGAGUAGAUGUUUAGUUAGUUCUGUUGGCCGCAGUGAUUUUGAUUCCUCCGAAUCACAUUGAACUACAACAAUGGGUACAUAGAACUUGGAGGAUUCAAGCAGGUGUUGUAAUUAAGGAAUGAGUGGUGGUUAUUUCUUGAUUGAAUUUCCAUCGAGGGUUGAGGUGAAAAGAUCUAAAAAUGGGAGGUGAAACUUCAAUAAAUAUGAAUUGCAUUUGGAGUGAUGGUCCCAGUCCGGUCUGGAUAAAGUUGCUGGUUUUCCUUCUUAUCGGAGAAGUCU